UAAUAUAUUCCAUCUGCCAGAAUAAAAUUAGUGGAAAAUGACUUUAAAUGGUGCUGAAAUAGUUCUAGACAGUCCAAACAAUGCGUAUUAUUCAGGCCAAACGAUUCACGGCCGACUGAUAUAUGAGCGGGACAAACAAAAAACUUUUCGAGGUAUUUACAUAAGAAUGCGUGGGUAUUGUGACGUCCACUGGAGCACUGACCAUACACGCAGGGUCAACGACCGUACCGAGCAUUACACAGUCGACCACAACUCGUACGAAGAAUAUAUCGACCACAAGGUGUUCCUUGCUGGCGGCAACAGUGGUGACCAUCAUCUCGGACCUGGCAAACAUGAGUUCCCAUUCAGCAUUCAUAUCCCUCCCUCAUGCCCGUCGAAUUUUGAGGGGAGCUACGGACACGUGCGUUACGAGCUGAAGGUGGUUGUCGACCGAGCGUUUAAACUCGACCAGGAAAUAUCUGCACCCAUCAGGAUAAUGGCACCACUCGACUUGAACAGAGAGCAAUACGCUAAAGAUCCCAUUCAGCUGCAACUCAACGACUCGUACUGCUGCUGGUGUAUAAAUUCAGGAUCCUCGGAGACACUGCUGAAGUUGCCCCUCACGGGGUACUGUCCAGGUCAAGUCAUGCCCAUCGAGUUGAGUUGCUCGAAUAAGAGCAAUAUAGAAAUAGAAAAAAUUAAAAUAGCCAUCAAAAAGGAGGUAACGUACCGAGCAGUCAACAAUCCCGACUCGAAGAGCGAACGCGACAAAGUGGUAGAGGUGAAGAAAGGUCCCGUGCCCGCCAACAGUUCCCGAAGCUGGUCCGUCGAGCUGUCCGUCCCCGCAAUAGAUAUAUACAACCUUAACACGUGCUCCCAUAUAGAUAUAGAGUACGAACUCAAAGUAACUGUAUCCCCAGAAGGUUGUCACGACGAUACUGAAGACUCUUGCCUGCUCAUCUUAGGCACAGUUCCUCUGGUCGGUUACCAAGAUAACGUACAGAAUCCCAUGCAAGACCAGAUGCCGCAACAACCCAUAAUUACAACACAAGUUCAGAACUACCCAGGGAACAACACGGCGUACCCAACACCAAUUAUUAACCAGCCUUUACCAACAGUUUCCCCGUAUCCGGGCGCAGCACCUUAUCCUGGCGCAAAUCCCCCUUACCCGGGCGCAGCACCUUAUCCUGGCGCAAAUCCCCCAUACCCUGGCGCCAAUCCUCCAUAUCCCGGCCAAAACUCUCAAUACCCCAACCAAAACUCACCUUACCCCGGUCCGAACUCGCCAUAUCCUGGCACAAACUCAUCAUCCCCUGGUCAAACCUCGCCAUACCCUCCUCAAAGGUCGCCUUAUCCUGGCAGAAAUUCGCCAUACCCCGGUCCAAAUUCUCCGCAUCCUGGCAACUCUCCUUACCCUCCAGCAAAUCAACCAUACCCUUCUAAUAAUUCAUCCUAUCCAGGACAAAAACCGCCAUAUCCGGUUGGGAUUAGCCCUUAUCCGGGUUCCACAUCACCAUACCCUAACCCUCCGGUUUCAACCACACGGGUACAGUCUGGCACUAUAGGUUUCCCAGUUGGAACUCAAGAUGAGGUCACGAUUCCACUACUGCCACAUGGAGCUAGAGUACCUUUACCUCGGAGCGCCAGCCCUGCUCCCAGUGCGCCACCCGCCGCAAAACCGGAUGAUAACGAUAAUGGCGACAUCGAAUCGAACCCUCCUUACAAUCCUGAGUUCAUGAAGGCUAACGAAAACAAGAAGAAAGAAGACGAAAAGACAAGUUAAAAUGUGUAUGUAACGCUUAUGAUCUCUUAAUUUUAAUGUUCUUUUGAACUGCAGUUCUACUUUUGAGUUUAAACUACUAACUAACUACUUUGGAUUUUAAUACAAACCAUUUUUGAACGGUUCAUUUGAAACAGAAUCAAGACUAAACCAAAUAUCAAUAAAAUG